UUUUAUGUAUAUAUUAUACGUAGAAAAUAACAUGUAUUGUGUUACUCAUUACUAAUUUCGUUCUUUACAUAAAGAUUUUAGAAGAUCUAGGUGCACUACCGCAGCUUGACGUAAAAUACAGAUGUUACGAACUCAGCUUGAUCGAGGCCUAAAUCUGCAAACUCGUAGGAAGUGUUCCGCUAAGUUAUGCGUGUGCUAUAAACUUAAUAAGAGCCACCAGCAUAUGAGCGCGCGACACGAAUGCUCACAUUGUAAGCGUAAAAAACUGAAAAACACAGCUUUCGCGAUUCGUCGGAGAUCUGCAAGCAUGCGCCUGCCAUCCACCAAAGCGAGAGGGAGAGAGAAACAGAGAGAGAAUACAGAGAGAGGGUUGAUCGCGAGUAAGCAGCACGUGCGUAGCAGUCAUCCUGGCGCAUUCGCCAGGACCGCUUGCAUUUCGGAAGUUAUCUUUCCCUCAUACCGGAUGUUACUAGAUCGAAUGUUACCGUUAUCCGAUGUAGACCAUCAUCUCGCGCAACAAGCAUUUGCAACUAUAUCAAUGAUCACACGUCACGCUCAAAUCGCUCGCAGAAAACUUUUAAUUAGCGGUUACGAUAACACAUUUACGUUAUAUUUUUCGUCGUAAAUAUGAAACCGUUUUUAAUUCACAUUUGUCUUAAUCAAAGUAAGAAAAAGCAAACGAGUAAUUAAAGACCGAGAUAUCUGCGGUGGCACAAAAAAAAGAAAGUAAAGAGAAAAGUAUCGAUUAAUAGCUUGCAUAUAUUUUAGUUGAUUAUAAAACAUUUCAGUGGAAAUACAGUGAUCAUCGCAAACGUUCGGUGACACCUAUGAGACAUGCGGAAAGUACAUGUGCGCGCGUGUUUCGCGCCAAGUAUGUUGCACCAAGAACGUGAUUCACGUGAAAAUUACAUUUAAGCACUGCCGACGUAUCCUUCUAUCGGCUAUGAUAGAUACUUCCGCGUGGAUUCAAACUGCCGUUCCGGUAAAAGGGAUCGCGGAACUCUUGUCACCCCUGAGAACAAGAGUUGAUCGUUCACUGAAAGGGACAGAAAAGAAUUCUAUCGACCAAUGCGCUGACUUGGGCGGACCGUAGAUCCCGCAAAAGUUUCCAGCGGAAAAUGACGAUACACAGACGAGAUAAGAUGAGACACAGCAGCUCGUGGCCCGAUCGAACACCGCAAACGGUGAGGGUGCGCGUCGAUCCCUUAUCUCGUGCCUUCACUAUCAUCCCAACGUGUCGCGAAACGGUGUAUCGAUUGGAGCAAACUGCGCCGCGAUCCAAUUGCCUGGAAGAAGUCGUACUCCUAGAUCGAUGCGCCGCUGGAGGAGUCACGUCCGUGGCGGUAAAACGAAGAUUAGUGGACGCGAGCAUCGAGAAACCCGCGAAUUUCCCCGAGAAUUCGUCCGACACGAGCAACGAGACGAAGAACACGCGAAGCUCAAGCCGAUACUUCAUGGCGCGCAGUCUCCCCUCGAUCGAGACAACCGCGAUUCGUCAGAACGCGAUCAUCCUGUUCCAGGAGAACUUUUUCCGAGAUCAAUCGAGAUGUAAAUCGGACUCCCUCGUGAAAACCGAUGACGCGAAGGAAACGCGAGGUAUGAGAGACUCGCUCGUACCGAGAACCACGUCGGAUACGGACGUCUUCAAGUUACUUCCGAAAGACCGGUGCGUCCUCGGGGAAGAAGAAUCUGCAGACGCAUCCGCGCGACUAACAAACAACGAAUCUCCCUCGGACACGGGGACUAAUGUUGCGAGAGACGAGAGACUGCACAUGGCCAGCACCGCGCAAACGAACGACUCGCGGGAAACGCGGGAAACGGACGGAGAAGAAGCGACGAAGAAGUGUCAGACCGUCGUUUCGUCCGCGUCCUCAGCGAGACAUGCCGCAUCAUUGCCGCCGCACAUCAAGGUGGUCGACUACGACGACUACGUGACAUCCGUUUCAUUCCCGUCGAGGACUGGUCGUCACGCCUGUCCGAAGUGCACGUCCGAAGGUGUCCUUCGCUCGCAGAUCGAUCCCUUUCGUUCCCCCUCGCCGGGCAAGAAAAACGACGACGAGGUCGCGACGACGACGGCGAACGCGCGCGCCGGCCGAUACGACGAUUCGAUCAAACGCGAGAAAAAGAAAGCACACGAGGCUCGCGCCGACGAGCGCCAAAGCAAGGACACCUGGCACGGGAACCGUCUAAUCGGAGAGGCGAGAAACGCGGAGAAAAGAUCGGAACAGCAAAGGCGGAACAGCUCGUCGCGACCGCCGCUGGAUUUCAGGAAGGAGGCUACUCUCAGGCGACAUUAUUAUCCCGAGGGUGGCUGGGGAUACGUCGUCGUCACGUGCUCGAUGCUGGUGCACUUCCUCGGGGUGGGUCUGCAGCUCGCUGCGCCCGGAUGCUGGCACACCACCGCAGAGCGACAGUUCAAACAUCCUCCGCUGCACAGCGCGGGUAAGAGAUCGUCGAUGCGCUCCUAAUGCGUUCGUUGCGUAAUUGUUUAAUUGAAUGAAUGUUUGCUUAAUAAAUAAAUGCAGUUCCUGAUA